AAUAAAAUCAAAAUGAAAUUCUUAAUUGUUAUCUUCGCAUUGAUUGCUGCUGCAUUCGCAAUCCCACAAUACUAUCCAGGAGGAUAUCCAGGCGGAUAUGGUGGUUAUGGACCAGGUUUUGGAGGUGGUGGAAUGAGUGGUUCAAGUGCUAAUGCUGCUGCUUCAUCACAAAGCUUCAAUGCUGGUGGUGGAUUCCCAGGAUUUGGAGGUGGCAUGAGUGGAUCAGCUGCUAAUGCUCAAGCUGGAACCCAAUCAUUCGGAUUUGGACGUUAAAAAAUGAAACAAUAAAAUAAAUGGCUCUUAGAGCCGAGCUGAAUAAGCUCAUUCAUGUGAAAGUUCCUGACACGUCAGUGAAUUAAGCAUAACUUGUAAAUUAGUAAUAAGAAAAAUUUGUGCCGUAAUAAAAUAGAAACUCU